AUGUACAGCUGUGGAAAUCCUUCAGAUACCACUCUUUCGCUUCAAAUAAACCCUCCAUGUCCAUAUGUUCGAGAAAUUCCUGGUGGCUUGCAGAAUGGAACUACCAUUACAUAUGUUCCUCCUCCAACACCAACACCCAGUGGAUACCCAGUGAUUUACAAUCCAUCCAUCCCAUUCAAUAUGCUUAUUCCAGGAGGAAUCUACCCACAAAAAGUAAUCCAGAUAAGUGGAUUUCCCAAGAGUUACAAUCCAAGCAGAUUCACUGUCAACCUAAAAUCUGCUUGUGAAGUUGCUCUCCAUUUUGAUGUUCGCUUUUCAUUUGGAAGCUGCCAUAAUGUUGUCAUUCGAAAUUCUUUUAUAAAUGGAGAUUGGGGAGAAGAAGAAGACAGUCAGGGAUUGUUUCCAUUUUGUCCUGGUGUUAGCUUUGAUAUGAUGAUACUUGUUGAACCCUAUUGCUUUAUGGUUGCUGUCAACAACCAACAUUAUUCAGCAUUCAACCAUCGGAUAAUGCCAAUUUCCCGUGUGAAUACGUUGGAAAUAACAGGAGACGUUCAGAUAAAUAUGGUUAAAUUCUGA